AUGUCGUCGCGUAAGGUUCUCCUAGGCCUCGCCUCCGGGAGGCGGCUCCCGUCCCGCACUCAGCAACUCUUCUGGGCCGCCGAUCUCCCUGUAGCUACCACCUCUCGCUCCCUCGCGGCCGCCGCUGCCACGGCGCUGCCGUCGGGCGGGUUUCCAGCGGCUCUUCUGUUCUCUUUGAGGACCAUCUCGUCAACGCGCCUCUCGACACAGUCCGCCUCCGGUGACGCGCCCGGCCCAUCUGCGGUGCACUACAAGUUGAUAAUGCAAGAGGAUGAGUUUCACAAAUUAGCAGAUGAGACGAUUCAUGACUUGCUUGAAAAACUUGAGGAAUACGGUGACUCCAUUCAGAUGGAUGGUUUCGACAUAGACUAUGGGAAUCAGGUUUUGACACUGAGGCUUGGGGAUUUGGGGACUGGGCCUUCUAGGUUUGACUGGGAUGUGGCAACUAAUGGUUGGAUAUACAAGCGAACUGGAGUGAAUCUUGUGCAGCUUCUGGAGAAGGAGAUUGGAUAA